AUGGAUUACUACAGAAAAUAUGCUGCUGUCUUUCUGGUCAUGCUGUGCAUGUUCCUGCAUAUUCUUCAUUCUCUUCCCGAUGGAGACUUUGUUAUUCAGGGUUGCCCAGAAUGUAAACUAAAGGAAAAUAAAUACUUCUCCAAGCUGGGUGCCCCCAUCUAUCAAUGUAUGGGCUGUUGCUUCUCCAGGGCAUACCCCACUCCUGCGAGGUCCAAGAAGACAAUGCUAGUUCCAAAGAACAUUACCUCGGAGGCCACAUGCUGUGUGGCCAAAGCAUUUACUAAGGCCACAGUAAUGGGGAACGCCAGAGUGGAGAACCACACGGAAUGCCACUGUAGCACUUGUUACUACCACAAGUCCUAA